UAGAGACUCUGCACCCUACUCACCGAGUGACAGAGGCCACCGAAUCAAGCCAGACCAAAAAUACUAAUGUCCACAAUAAAGACUUACAAUUGGGAGGAACACGGAAUCAUUUCGACCAGAUCUCGGCUGUAAAACCUACCACUUCACAAAUGUUGCACAGUCCUCACCGUGGUAUAACAAAAAUUAAAAUAUGAAUGAAAAAAAUCCGAAACGAUAUUAGAUCGCAUGAAUUUUGUAGUAAAGAAAUAUUGUUUUCAAAAAUGGCAAUGGUUAGAAUUGUUGCACAUUUGGCCAUCUGUAUAUAUUAAUUCCAAUUCAACAUUUAAACAGACGAUAAGCUGUGACUCCAGUACGAGAACCGUAGGGAUGGAAUGUGGUAUAGUCGUGGCCUCUCUCAUUUUUGAAAGAAUUACAGAAUAUUUCUAAAUCAAAUUUCAGCCAAAGGUUUAUAUUCAAGUGGUAUUUUUGAAAAUAGAGGGCAUCGAUACUUUAAAAGAACAGUUUACGGCAGAAGUGUUUAUAAGAGCAAGAUGGAGAGAAAUGAGCCUUGAUAACAGUUCAGCACAGUUCGUCAGUAAUAUAAAAUGGAGUAAAUAUUGGGAUCCUCGUUUACAGAUAGAGAAUUAUAAAGGUGAUUUAAAACAAACAAUGUGGCGGGAUGUACAGAUUGGACCUGAUGGUGAAGCCUAUGUUCUAGAAAUGAGACGAGUUAAAGGAACAUUUUCUGAAAAUUUAGAGUUAGAAGAAUUUCCUUUCGAUACACAGAAUUUAUCAGUUCUAAUAGCUAGUGAACACCCAAUUUCAACGGUAGAACUGAUAGAGGAACACGAAGAAGCUAGCAGUGUCUUCACUCUCAACUUCGGUGAUGUCCAAGAAUGGGAAAUGAGAGAUUUCGUAGAAUGCCGCUCGACGAUUACCACUAUUGAAUAUAGUGAAAACCGUUACAAACGACCUGGAAUGUUUUACACGUGCUGUGCCUUUCGACGACCUGGAUAUUUUAUCUGGAACAUUCUCGUUGUUAUGUUUCUUAUUAGUCUGCUGUCAAUGGCGACGUUUUCCGUGGAUAGAAGACAACAUGAAACACGUUUAGAACUUGCAUUCACCUUAAUCUUAACCUCAGUGACCUUUAAAUUGGUGGCAAAUAGGUCAUUACCUGUUAUAUCCUACCUCACACACCUGGAUAUUUAUAUAUUGAUGUGUAUAGUAUUUAUGUUUGUUGUAAGUGCUUGGCAUGCAUUGGUUCCUGCAUUUGAAGGUUUUACUGGGGUGGCAGCACAGUUAGAUAUAGUCAUGUUAUCCGGAUUAUUUGUUAUUUAUAUUAUUAUGCAGACGUGUUUUGUUGUUGCUAUGGUUGUAAGGUGUUAUAGAAAAAGAACAUUGAUGAAACAAAAAGAGUUUGACUAUCAGCAAAAGGUGAAGUGGACUCUCGGAGAGCGACCUAGAACAGGGAAGCGCCAUUUUGGCCCAAGACCCCAUAAACCUAAAGUUGGAAUCAAGUUCUAGAAAAAACUAAAUCCGAAAUUAUUUGUUUUAACUUUACCUGUGUAGCACUUUCGGCAAUUUU